ACCGCGAUCGCGCAAAAGAGCUGUGCUGCAUAUGGAAAGGAGUAAUUUCGUAGCUCGCGAACUUACUGGGUCAACGCUGCUCGCAUAGCGCGGUGGGAUCGGAGGUGUAAAUGCUACACGCAAAGCAUGUCUGUGGAGGAGAUGGACCUUCCAAGCGAGGCUGGCAAGCAGCGAGACUGGCAUGAAAGUGUACAAGAGACGGAGGUGGAGCAUCAGGCAACACUAGUUGGUCUUGCAAAGAGCAUGGACGAGCUGAGCGUCACUGAGAACGAUGCCAUCGAUGCGGAGACUGUGCUAGUCACUCCUCCACCUCUGCCGCACCCUUUGAGCAGACACAACUCGGGUCUGCCGCCAACACCGCCAACGAUGACGAACAGCGAGGUCGCCGCGACUCAGACCGAGCGAGCUCCAAGUCCUCCUCCACAAGUCUUCGCCGAUCGUGUACGCAACGCCUUGGAGUCUCGCAAGUCUGGCAUCAUAACUCCGGUCGGCGAGAGCCAGAGUCCACCAACGCCAGACAUUUCUCCACGCGGAGCGAUCCAACAUUCGCGGCCUCCGCUGAGAAAUGACUACGCUUCGUUCACGGAGUCGUUCCGCACCGCGAGAGAAGGUCUCAGUGGUAGCGGCAGCAACAGCAUGAUCACAUCGCCCGUUGGAGAGCCAGAUCGCUCGCCCGAUUGGCUCAACAUACCUAGUACAACCCGACUGGCUGUGAAGAGAACUGGCAGCGAUGAUAGUGGCACGAUUCAGAAUGAGGGCUCGGACGUUGGCGAGAUUCGGGUGAAGAAUUAUCAGGUGGAGUCGGAUAGCGAUAUGGACAAGACUUCGAGCCUGCAUGCCAACAGCGAAUCGCCGACUUCGCCGUUGAUGGAGACAAAUAAUCGAAUACAUCGACUUCGUGCGCCCAUCAAGCCUGGAGACGAUUUAAAGCGGGUUGACAAUGCUUUGAUCUACGGCACGCCGUUGUGGAAGGCCGCUCCGAAGAACCCGCUCUUUCGCAAAAAGGAGGUGAAAUUGGAGUCAACGGCUCGGCUCGAAGACAUUACUUCACUUCUUCCAGCAGACGAUACUCAAGAGUCGAUCUCUGCACCGCAACAGAAAUUGUCGGAACACGAUCAGAUGCAGCAGAUCGAAUCGCCCCUACAGCUGACCCUCCCUGCCGAGGGAUACGCUCCAGCUGAUGUUGCAUCGCCAUCUACACCGCCGGUCAAUGAGGUGUCUCUUGAAGGCAACAACAUGGCAUACCGAAUGAUCCAGGAGGAGAACGUGAAGCGUUACAGCGCUAUCAGCGACGGCAGUGGCGUGCAGGCUGUCGUGGUCGCCACUCCGGAAAGGCAGCGGACUUUACGGCACACCUCCAGGUGUGAAUCGUUGCGCGGCGCCAGCACUCCAGCCAGCAGCAAGCGACAUAGCGUGGAGAGCAGCCACAAACUCAAGCACAAGCAUGGCAGGGCGUCUAUCGGAAGCGAAGGGUCUCCAAGUGUGCGUCCGGACGACUUUUACGCUGACAGCAAGAUCGUUGCGAAACCAUACGGACAACUCACCAAAAGCUCGAUCCGUGUGGUCUCUUCACCGUUGAACGACCGACCGAUUCCGAUUGCAAACAUGAAGCUGCCCCUUGCUGGCGAUGCAGCCAGGCCUCACUUACGAUCGAUCUCCGAACAACAACCGCGCGCUCUCAGAAGAUCGAAGCGAGACUUGCGUCUAGAUCGCGUGAGCUCUUUGCGUACCGACUCACCAAGUCAUCGAUUGAGGAGAACCUCCGCGGACCAAAGGCUGGAUCGAGACAACAGUGUGCGUCGCACAAGUCUAGGAUCGGACUUCCAAGUUGAAGAAGUCAAUCCUUCACCAAAAUUGAGACGCACUUCGCACGAGCGAAGACUGAGUCUGAACAACGACGUUCGCCGUACCAGUAUUCCACGUGCUGAGGAGAUUCCCGAUGUCAAGCUACCUUGCGAUACGAUUCUGGAAGUGCCGCAAGGAAUGCCCGAACGUCACUUGCUUCCCAGUAACACGCCGAUGUCAAACUUCUCUGCGGUGACUGAAGAUGAGGUCUGCGUGGCGAGAGGGAUGGAGAUCUACCCGCACAAUAAUAGCAGCGUGAUUAUGGUACACCAGGUCUCACGGGAACUUCAAGGCUUGGGUGUGAGCGGUGCUCACAUUGAGGAAAAAGAGCACAUCCUUCACGACGGACCUUCUCCUGUCUUCGAGGCUUAUGUCCAAGGACCGACAACGUCUCAAAGCGCGCUUGAUGAGCCGAGCCACCAUGUCGACAACCAGCUUGAUGAUCCGCGCACAGCACCAGAGCCUCCGCAGCUCGUCUUCAUCCCUCCAACGCCGAUCGAUGACCCAGACCGACAGAUGGUUCCCCCUGACACUCUGGAUGAUCAAGUUCAAAGACGACCGAGUUUGAGGGACCGCGUGAAACGCUACAGUGAGAGUCUCAUUCAACCGAUCCCGUUUGGCCGGUCAAAUAGCUUCCGUCGGUUCUCACUUCCGCAAGGUCGACCGCAGACUACCCCGGCAGCGCGACCAAUUUACCUUUCAUCUUUCUGGCAGCCUCGGGAGUUCUGGGAGGGAUAUGACAGCAGUGAUGACGACUUCGAAGACAGCGACGGCCGACUACCUCCCGGCGGCGACACUUCCGAGGUGGCUGAACGGCGCCGCUCUGUAUUCCCUCGUAUGAUGAGCGUGCGUGAGAAACGCAAUCAAGCGCGGAAUGAUGAGCCAAAACCUCGCCGCAUAUUUACGCUUCCCUUUACAGGUGGCAACCAGGUGGCGUACGUCGGUCUGUCGGGCGUUAGCAGCAAGCUCAAGCAGCUCAAGGCUCGACGUUAUGAGCAAGUUCAGGAGAAGAGGCGUGAGAAGUUGAGAGGACAGAUCAGGUUUCCGCCAGGUGAUGGCAUUGUUGGGGUACAUGAAGCUUGA